AUAUACUUUUACAAGGCCAGAAAAACUUCGCAAGCAUUAUAAAAGCAAAAAAAAUCAAUGCAACAUACCAAAUACUCGAACCCAACCCUCUCCCUCGCAGAACGAAGUUCAAGAGAGAGUCCAAGACCCAGAAGUCGGCCCAAACUUCACUACCCAAGCCUAUAGAGAAGGAAUAACCUUGCAGAAUGUAGUUCAAGAGGGUGAUAUAGUAUUUGUGAAAAAAAGUUAUGACCCGGCCAGACCACAUAAAAAUCUCAAAAAUAU